AAGCCAGUGGCCCUAGAAUAAGUUAAUUAUGAAUAAGAUAAACUGAUUUAAGCCCACUUUAAUUCUGAAUACUCACGGGUUUCAUGGGGUUUAAAUAAUCCACUUUCAAUUUACACCUUCAGUUAAUUUGGAUAUACUUUUCUGAGUGCCCUUGGACAGAUAAACCCUUAGAUCCAGUGGUGCACAUUGCGAUGGAGUUAUGACCUGGUGAUUUGAUGCAUGGGGACAUGGGGAUGAACUUGGAAGGAGACCCACAGCAGACUAAGCUGCUCCCGUGUGCCCUGGUGGAUCAGGCUGGAGGUGAUGUCCCAGGUGUGUAAGGCAGCCCUGGAGAGGAGCAUGGCUCACAUUCCUGCCACACUCAGGCUCGCUGGGGCAUUUGGCCUCCGUUCAGGCAAAAUGUUCAUCGGGGGACUGAGCUGGCAAACCACGCAAGAGGGCUUGCGGGAAUACUUCAGCCAGUUCGGGGAGGUGAAGGAGUGUCUGGUGAUGCGGGACCCGCUGACAAAGAGAUCCAGGGGCUUCGGGUUUGUCACAUUCAUGGACCAGGCCGGUGUGGACAAGGUUUUGGCCCAAUCCAGACAUGAACUGGACUCCAAGACGAUCGACCCAAAAGUAGCAUUCCCCCGCCGAGCACAGCCCAAGAUGGUAACGCGGACGAAGAAGAUAUUUGUGGGGGGUCUCUCUGUGAACACUACCAUGGAGGAUGUGAAACAGUAUUUUGAGCAGUUUGGGAAGGUGGAUGAUGCUAUGCUGAUGUUUGACAAGACAACCAACCGACACCGAGGGUUUGGAUUCGUCACAUUUGAGAGUGAAGAUAUUGUGGAGAAGGUGUGUGAGAUCCACUUCCAUGAGAUCAAUAACAAAAUGGUGGAAUGUAAAAAAGCUCAGCCAAAGGAAGUGAUGUCCCCCACUGGCUCUGCGAGAGGGCGGUCCCGAGUGAUGCCUUAUGGGAUGGAUGCCUUCAUGCUUGGGAUUGGCAUGCUGGGUUAUCCAGGUUUCCAAGCUGCCACUUAUGCCAGUCGGAGUUACACGGGCCUUGCGCCUGGCUACACUUAUCAGUUUCCUGAAUUCCGUGUAGAGCGGACCCCUCUCCCGAGUGCCCCCGUCCUCCCCGAGCUCACAGCAAUUCCCCUUACUGCAUAUGGACCGAUGGCGGCAGCAGCGGCGGCAGCAGCUGUAGUGCGAGGGACAGUUUUGCUUCCUCCCUUAGGUUCUACUCCGAGCCGCACUGGUGGGUUUCUGGGCACUACCAGUCCUGGGCCAAUGGCAGAGCUUUACGGAGCAGCCAAUCAGGAUUCAGGGGUCAGCAGUUACAUCAGUGCUGCGAGUCCAGCUCCAAGUACUGGCUUUGGUCACAGCCUAGGGGGUCCCUUGAUUGCAACGGCUUUUACCAAUGGGUACCACUGAAGCUAGCGACCAAGGAGGCAGGAGAUUCCCCAGUGACCUAACCAAGGACAGCGGGCUGGAGGAUCUGGUGAGCCUUGGGGGAUGAGCCAAGGUUUCCUUUUUAUUGAAUAAAACUGCACACUGCCGGCUGGUUGCCAGGCUCCUGCUGACCUGCCCUGAUCUCUCCCAUUGAACAGACCACACUGGACUGAACCCAAGGAGAUCAUCUCGCUUUCUUACUAACCACCGAUGGUUUACGCUUCUCCCUUCCCCAACCCACCGAUUCUUCUUUAUUUAUUUUAUUAGCUGGUAGUUUUAUUUUUUAUUUUAUUUUUUUAUCUUUAUUUUUUUUGGGGGGGGUGACCCUCUUUUUCAUUGUUUGCUCUUUCCUGAGCUAGUAGACAUAUUUUAUGAAUUGGCUUUGUGAUCGUGUUAGGUAGUUUUUAAUGAGGAGUAUUUUUAUUUGGCUUUGAAAUUGUUUUGAAUCUUUUCAACUCUGUUGUUGUCAACAUUUUUAAAGGACAGUAUGUGAUGUGAAUGCAGUUCUGAAGGGAAGAGAGACGCAGAGAGAGAGAGAGAGAACACUGAGCAGAACUGACGCAUUUCUAUUUUUUUUUAAAGAAACUGUUUUUAAUUGUUUCUGUUUUGUAAAUGUGAGGUUUUGAAAUGUGUGAAGCUCCAAGGAUCUGAAAAGGUGGGACAUCGCUACGGAACAAAACAAAAUGUAUAUUUUGCUAAGUAAAAACACUAUCCUUACAGCUGAAAGUA